AUUUUAGAAAUGAAAAUAUCUUUCCUCUCAACUUUGUGUCUAGUGCUGCUUCUGAGCGCUCAAGUCACCAGCGCCUUUUAUCUUAAUAAGAACAUUGAAACCCAGACUGAAGUCAAGGAAAUUUCUAGUGAAAUAGUUCAGGAUGGGUUUAAAGAGAAUAUUGUCAUGGAUUAUUUACAAUCCAUUCUUUUCUGGAUGAACAGAAAGUUUCUCACCGGAUUUUCUCAAGGAUUUGAGGGUCACUCUAAUGAGCUACCUUCUCAAUGCAUGGAUGAGGAGUUCCAGGGCAGAUUCAUUACCAGCUUGGCUGAUGUAUUUGCAGAUAUCCUCAAUGGAAAUAUUUUCGAGGAAGAUCUAUUUGACGACCACUUGAACAUUUUCACCUCAAAUAUUGCUAAUGAGUUAGUCAAUGCAUGCAGUACUCCAUCUAUUGUGAUUCAGGUUGAUGAAUGGCUUGAUGAUAACUUUGAAGAUAAUAACUUCUUGGUUGGGCUUGCACUUACUGCAGUGAGGUAUGUUCAGACAGCUGUCUCCAACAUUGGCCCUUUCUUCCUCUGGCACGCAGUCCAUAUUGGCUCUUCCCUCACUUUCCAGUUCUACUGGUUCGGAUACUCCUUAGGAAAGAUCCUCAGAAUCUUCUUCCUGAAUGAAUCUUAA